AUGGAUCUAACAGACAGUGGAGAAGUCCAUGUCGUCGAAUUCAUCAAGUUCCUGACUCGCCUUACCGAAAACGAUCCUUCCUGGCGAGCGGAAAUUCUCCAGAAGCAAUACAAAGAUUCGAUGAUAAUUUCAAAAGAAGGAGUUGAAAAAAUCGUCAGUUUGAUCACAAAAAGCUCUGUCGGAAAAGACAUAAAAGAUCUUCACGAGGCAUGCAAGGCGAUGAUGAAAGGCCUUGGGAUCAAGUCACGAGAAGAUCAGGCGGAAAACGAGCUCUUUAUACAGUUGAUGCUUAGUACAAGCAAAGUCAGUCGGAGAUUUACAGUUCCAAGGACGACGAACAGGCGAUACAGCCGCUACCGGGUCCGGAGCCUCGUGAUGAAAGAUGAAGAACAAUCGUUUUACGGCAGAUUUAUACCGAAGAAAGUCCGACGAAUUUUCGAGCAAAAACGAAGGCAUUUAUACACGCUCUUCAUUUUCUUCGGAAUAAUUAUCGCUUUGAUGGUCGACAGAAUCUAUUUCUUCUUAUUUCUGAACGAGUCGGCAGGAAUUCGGCAAAUAACAGAAGUUGGACUUCUCAUGUCACGAUCCACAGCAGCUGCGCUUUCUUUCAUUUACCCAAUGAUGCUUUUGUCGAUGUCCCGAAAUUUGCUGACUAGGCUUCGGCAAAAAGCAAUUAAUCAGUACAUUCCAUUCGAUCAAUCCGUCGAGUUUCACAAACUUGCUGCUUAUGUCGGCGCUUUUCUUUCCCUCAUCCACGUGAUCGGCCAUUUCCUCAAUUUCUACUUCCUCUCCGAAGCGCCAUACCAAGCCGCUUCCUGCGUCCUCCCUCAAAUCUUCAGCGACGACGAGCCCGAGAAGUCAUUUUUCCAGCUCCUCUGGGCCAGCCAUCAAGGCAUAACUGGACUGCUUCUUGUCCUCAUCAUGUCGAUCAUCUACGUCUUCGCCGCCGCCCAAUCUCGACGAAAACGGCAUAAGGUCUUUUGGAAGACGCACAUGCUCUAUCCGCUCUUCUUCAUUCUACUGAGUCUUCACGGAUUACAGGCGCUACUACAGGAGCCGAAAUUCGUAUUUUACCUGCUCGGGCCGGGGAUUAUCUUUUUGAUUGACAAGAUAAUUGAGCUAAGAAGAUCUUAUGUCGAAGUGCCCCUCAAGGAAUUCGACCUUCUUCAAUCCAGCGUCACGUGCUUGAGAAUGAAGAGACCGAAGAGUUUUGAUUAUCACUCGGGUCAGUGGAUCAGAAUUGCUCUCCCAGAAGUUUCAAAGUGGGAGUUUCAUCCCUUCACUCUGACUUCUUGCCCUGCCGAUGACUUUAUCAGCUGUCACGUGAGAGCUGUCGGUCCGUGGACGAUUUCGCUCAGAGAGCAUUUGAAAAAAGUCAAAGCAGGAAAACUCCCCGUUCCAAGGAUGUACGUCGAUGGGCCAAUUGGCGAGGGUCAUCAAAAUUGGCACAAAUUCGAAUGCUCCGUUUUGGUUGGAGCUGGAAUCGGGAUCACUCCCUUUGCGUCGAUUUUGAAGGACAUUGUUGGGAGGAAUAUGAGCAUGACAAAGUGCAAGAAAGUCGUGUUUAUCUGGGUCAAAAGAAGUGACAAGCAGUUCGAGUGGAUGGUGGAUAUUCUCAAAGAAGCUGAGAAGAACAGUAACAUGAUUGAAACUCACGUUUUCAUCACUCAGAAAAAAGACGACUUCGACCUGCGAACUCGAAUGCGAUACUUUCUGGAGCACAAACUCGACUCUCCCUGCGGCAAGAGCCUCUUCACUGGCCUCAGAACCGUGACCCACUUUGGCAGACCAGACUUCAACGAGCUUCUAGAAGAUGUCCAGCAAAAAAACUCAGCGAUCGGGAAAAUUGGCGUGUUUAGUUGUGGACCACCGGCGCUUUCGAAAGCAGUUGAUAAAGCUGCGAAGAAUUUGAACAAAUCAGACAAUGCUCUCUUUGAGCAUUUUUUCGAAAACUUCUGA